AUGGAUCCCGCUCGCUCGCAAACUCCCGCGGGCUCGUCGAGAGCAGACACACCGAGGGUCUACACAGAGUCCAACACGCAGUCCGUCUAUGCCGAGACGCAUUCGACUCUUCCGCAAGUCGCCCCCGUCGAGGCGUCUCACAAGCACGCUCCAGAGGCCAUCAACGCGUCGUAUGCGCCGAAACCCGACGAUUCUUACGUAGAAACGUCCAAAGGCGACCGAAGGAUAUGCGGCCUGAAGCGGACGCUCUUCUUCAUCCUCGCUGCAAUCGCCGCCGUCCUCGUCAUCGGUGCCAUCGUCGGAGGCGCUGUUGGCGGCACGCUUUCGAAAAAGUCCUCCUCCUCUACCACGACCUCGGAUUCGACGGCGACGACCACCGGUAGCGUACCGUCAGCUACGGGGGAUUCCUCCUCGGGUUCAAUCUUGCAAGACUCCAAGGUCGCAAGCGCCAACUGGACUGACUACGGCGGCCGCCAGCACUACUACGUUUUCCACCAAAACAGCUCCAACCAUCUCAUUGCUUCCUUCUGGGACAGUCAGAAUAGAACCUGGGCUUCGAGAAGCAUUUCUGCAAGUCUGAAAUCGACUGGUAUUGACCUCGACAUCAUUGAAGGAACGCCUAUUACCGCAAACUCUUGGGAAGAUGAAAACAACCAUUGGAACAUCCGCGUGUACGUCCUGCUGACCGGCAACAAAAUCGCCGAGCUGUACACGAAUUUCCCUGCUCCCGACUCUCUGUGGCACAUGAACGAUCUCGGGUCGCGAAUAACCAUCAACACGGCCGAAGGAUCAAAUCUUGCCGCCUGGCGUCCGAACGGCGGCAAUUCGAGCUGGCCCCCAACCAUGCUGAUGUGGCAAGACGAAGAUCAAACGCUCGUCUACUCAACCAGCACCGCAUGGAGGAACAAAUUGAAUUUGACAACGGCCACAGACUCGAGUGGUCUUGCCAUCACCAGCGUCUCGAAGGGGGGCAACAUUUCCGAUAUUCAGUGGAGGUUUUACUACGACAACUCCAAUAUCUUAACAGAGGCCAUAAAAGAGCCUGGUAUUCAAGACUUCGAAUUCGGCAAGAAGCGUGACGAAAUCCCCUCGGCAGCUACCACCAAUUUCGCCGCUGUUUGCUUCAAUCUCAUAAACGUGCUCGUGGUGGAUGUUGAAGAGGACGGCGGCUUAAGUGCUCGGUGGUGGGAUGACUCAACGUGGUCCUCUGCCUCUCAACCAACGCUGAAGAAUCUGCCAAAGAGGAUGUCAACCACCCGAAACUUCACUGCCAUCGCAGGGCACGCCGACCGCGGAAUUUACAGCAUCGUGAACGGGGAGCUCCAUGCGUGGAAGUUCGAUGCAGAUACGCCCUUGGUGUGGACGCAUGAAGGGCAAGUCAACACGACGUUGGAUGAGAGUUGAUGUUAAAUACAAAGCGUGAGAAAACGUUUAUAUUCAUAAUAGAAUAAAAUAAUAAUUCAGACAAUGUUCC